CUAUGGCCUAUGCUCUUGUCCGUGGUGAGUGGUCGGCCAUUCCAUAACGAAGCUAUAGAGCGAUACUUCAAUUUGCACCAGCGUGAUUUUCCGGGUUUUAAUUGUACUCGUCGUCGUCAAUUCGAAAACUACAUUUUAGCGACUAUCAACUUGCAACAACCAAAUAAGCUAUAAUGAAUGUCCCUGAUGAUGUACCAACAUUUAAAUGUGUGUUGGUGGGUGAUGGUGGUACAGGGAAGACUACUUUUGUCAAACGCCAUUUAACUGGUGAAUUUGAAAAAAAGUAUGUUGCCACAUUAGGAGUAGAAGUUCAUCCUUUGGUAUUCCACACAACUCGUGGCGUUAUAAGAUUUAAUGUUUGGGAUACUGCUGGUCAAGAAAAAUUUGGAGGACUUCGUGAUGGUUACUACAUUCAGGGCCAAUGUGCUAUAAUCAUGUUUGAUGUUACUAGCCGUAUCACAUAUAAAAAUGUACCCAAUUGGCAUCGAGACUUAGUAAGAGUUUGUGAAGGCAUUCCAAUUGUUUUAUGUGGCAACAAAGUUGACAUUAAGGACAGGAAAGUAAAGGCCAAAACAAUAGUUUUUCACCGUAAAAAGAAUUUACAGUAUUAUGACAUAAGUGCAAAAAGUAAUUACAACUUUGAAAAACCUUUCUUGUGGAUGGCAAGAAAACUUAUUGGAGACCCAAACCUUGAAUUUGUAGCUAUGCCUGCUCUUGUACCACCUGAAAUUAAAAUGGACCCACAGUGGCAAGAUCAAAUUGAACAAGACCUCAAGGAGGCUCAAGAAACAGCAUUGCCUGACGAGGAUGAAGACUUGUAAUUUAUUAGUCUCUUUAAUUCAACAAUUUAUCUGUUAACUGUCUCAAUUAAUCAAUUACCUUGCACGUAGCAUUGAUUUUUUUUUUAAAUAAACUCUGCCUGUAUUUUAUUAUUUAAAAAAAAUUAAAUUAUUUUGUUUAUAAAACCAUACAUUUCCCAAUGAAUUUGUAUAGUUACUUUAAAUUGUCCUAUUUUGUAAUUUAUACCGUUCAUAGAAUAUGCGGUUUAUUGUGCAAAUUGAAUCCAUUUAAUAUCAAGAGAAAAUAUAUAUUAUAUAUACAUUUCUAUUUACGUUUAGAAAACCCAAUUUUAUGCGUUCAACCCUUAUGUUUUUUUAAGAGACAAGUUACAUAAGUAAAUUAUGCCUGUUAAUUCAGCUACAAUUUUUUUUAAUAACUUGAGUUAAGUAAAUUUAGUUAAUAAUUCCUAUUGUGUUUUUUUUUUUCAUAUAAAUCAAUUAAAGUCAAAUAACAUGUUUUAAGUUCA